AAUGGCAGCUUUUUUUUAAUCAAUCCUCUUUUCAAAGCUUAAAUUUUAGGGUUCAAUGGCCGCUCCACCUCCGUCACCGUCACCGUCACCAUCGCCGCCGGCGACAUUGAUAACCGACCUAAACGAAGACUCAAUCGGCCACUGCGCCACAAAUCUCACCCUCCGCGACAUCUGCAACCUGGCGACCUGCUCCACCGCCUUAAAACGUCUCGCUUAUUCCGACUCCGUUUGGCAACAUUUAUUCAAAGAGCGUUGGAAUCGUGAAUUACAUUUUGGAAAUGGAAUCACAGCGAGGGAAGUUUACAUUGAUAGAUACACCGCUUUGCAACAGUUCAAAUUCAUCGAUCCUUUCGCUAUCGACAUUAACACGCGUGUUGCUAAACCUUUCAACCAUUUGCUUCUUCACCAAAGCAAUAUUUUCUAUGCUCAGGGCUCAACUGCAGGAGUGAUAAAUUUUGUAGAUCGUCAAAAGGGAGCAAUAGAUUUUCUCCAUACAAUGAGUGAUCAUAAAGCAAGAAUCACUUGUAUGAGGUUGUUUUCCUUGGGCGAACAAAAUGUUUUGGUUACCUCAAGCUGCGAUCACUCCAUUCGUCUGUGGUCGAAGGGUUCUUGUCUGCGAUGCUUGAGAGGUCACAAUGGUCCAGUGUUGUCACUAUCAAAUAAAUUGUUGGGAGAGGAUAGCAGCAAAGUCUUGGCAAGUGGAGGAGAAGAUGGUACUGUUCGAUUAUGGUCCCUUAGCUCAAGCGGAAAAAGAGGGCAGCGUGCUUUGAAAGCUACGCUGUAUGGACAUGAAAAGCCUGUAAAUUUGAUGACAGUUUCCGGGCACAAAACUUCACUGUUGGUGACCAUCUCAAGAGAUUCUAAGGUGAGGGUUUGGGAUACGGCUACAUCAUCAUCUGUUCGCUCGUCCUGUUGUGUGGGAAUGACUUCUGUUUCUGGCGCACCUGUAAACAUGAAAUGCCAUGAAUCAUUGUUGUAUGUGGCAGCCGGUUCCUCUGUCACUGCAGUUGAUUUAAGGACAAUGCAGAGAGUUAUCACAGCAUCCGUCCAUCAACCAAAGCUGUAUUCAUUUGACGUCGUCCCUUCAAAAUCUUUAAUAUGCACAGGUGGUGAUGGCAGAGCAAUGCUUUGGGAUAUUAGAAAAAAUCAAGAAUUACUAAAGCCAGAACCGAUAGCCGAGUUAGACGGACAUUCCGGGCCAGUAACUCAACUGCAUAUGGAUUCAUACAAAAUAGUUACUGGUGGCCCUAAUGAUGCUUAUGUAAAUGUAUGGGAAGUUGGGACUGCUGAACAAACAAAUUCCUUACUUUGCUGUUUAGAUGAAGAGGAAGAAGACAUUGGUAGCUCUGGCUGUGAUGGCAUAGCUGUAGAUGGACUUAGAAUUAUCACUGCUAGUUAUUAUAAUGAUACAGGUGUUUUGAGAUACAGGGACUUCAACAAUGCUAAAAGUGCUGUUACUAAAUUAGAAAAUGAACCACCUUCAAAAUUUUGGGGAUCAAUGUCUGAUGGUAACAGUGAUGAGUCUGAUGACUUAUAAGUGAAUAAUCUUUUUUUUUUCUUGGCAAUUAUAAGUGACUAAUCUUGAUGGCUCCCAAAUUGGUAUAUACAUCAAUUUAUUUCUUUCAUUUGGUUUUC